AUGGCACGCACACGCAAGCAGAGAAAGAGCACUGGCUCUGCCAAUCAGGAGGCGGAGCCGGAUGAGGCGCAGCCGAAGGAAAUCCCAGAAGACAUACAAGUCCAAUUGCGGGCUGUGGGUCAUGAGGCAGAUAACUACAACCUGGCUUCUAUGCAGUUGCGUUCUGCCACUGAUGCACAGCUUUGCAUCCUCAAGAAGCGGGUGGUGCGCACAACGCACAAAACUAGUGGAAAGAACAAGUUCUUUUGCUUGCGAUGCCGCUGGUCGUCAGAAGGUGCAGGACUUUCCAGGCCGCUGGAACAUGUAAUCCACUAUAGCCAGCCGGUGGCCGAGAAAGUAGCCACCUACUUGACCAAACAGGGCUUGGACUUCGUCGAGUCCAAGCAGCAGGCUUUGCAGCUAUAUCGUGCAAAAGGUUCGCGGACCAGUGCGUGCUCCAAUGCGGACCCGAUUUCGCCUGAGGAUCUACGCAUCCUCGCGGACCAGGGAGUGCAUGCUGCCCAGUUGUGGCGCGAGCUGCUGCAGUCCGCUGAGGCACAGCAGAUGUUGGGUGGCAGACAGGUAUGCGCUGCAGAGCCUGCGGAUCUCAAGGAGCUGCAAAGAUUGCAUUCCUUGGCAGUUGUGCACAGCCACCAGUCCUUCAACUCUGUCGAGGGCGAAGUGAUGAAGCUUUUCUUCACGAAGUUGAGCCCCGAAUACAAACCUCCAACUCGCACCCAUGUUCGUGAAGUCGUUGAUGCCUCUGCUGACACGGUGGCCGAGGCAUUGCACAAGCAGUUGUGCACAGACGGGCCUUGGUGUCUUGUUACAGAUGGCGCCACGAUUGCUGGCUGUGGCUUUCUAAACAUCGGUGCAAUGGCGGCAUCCGGGAGGUGUUUGCACUUGGAGCACGUGUCCACUGUUGAGAUUGAGUCCACGGCAGCAAACUUGGCGGUGGUUUUGCGACGCUGGACAGAGUACGAGUCAGUGGCAGGCAUCUGCGCGGACAACGCGCCCAAUAUCCAGGCUGCCCUCGCGAUGCUUUGUUCUGAGAGGGCAAGCAAGAUGCUUCAGCUUCGGUGCAUGGAGCAUGGAUGCCAGCUGCUCCUGCGUGACCUCCGCGAGGCCAUGCCUUGGCUGCGCAAGUGCACCAAGACGGUGAACACCGCCAUCAAAGGCGUGCGUCGGAGCAAGAAGUUCUUUGGCAAGCUGAAGGUUCGUGGCAUUGUCUUGCAGCACCGACGCCAGACCCGACACAACAGCUGGACGACGAUGUGUGUGAAGUUUUUGCAGUGCCGUCACAAAGCUGCAGAGCUUUUGCGUCGCGAGGAUCCAGACAAGCUUGGCCACAACCCGAAGCAGAAGCAGAAACUCAAGAAUGCGCUGGCGUCGCUGGAGAAGCGGGCAUUGGACGCUCGCGUGCGGCGUGCCGUGCCAAUGCUAUGGGCCGUCACAACGGCCAGCAGGCAUUUCGCAUCGGCUCGACUUCCCGAAGCGUAUGGGAUUUGGGUUUUGCUGCGCGAGAAGCUUCUUGCGGCGCUCGAGUCUUGCGACUUCAGGGACACGGGCGAGACUUCCGACACCUUGCGCUGCCGCAAGGCGAAAGUCAUGGAGAUCCUGGACCAACGGUCGUCGCAAUUCUGUUCUGACUUGGUUGUGGCUGCUUCUGUUUUCGAUGCACGUCAGUUAGGGGAGCUGGAGGAGCCGCGCCACUUCCACUACUCCUUCGUCACAGCUCGCAGACUUCUGCCGUCCAUGUAUUUUCAAGACGCAGACGUCGUGAAACAGUGUCAAUCAGACUUCGACGACUACCGCGAGCAGAAGGGCCCCUUCCGGAACUUGAACUAUCCUGAGACGAAUGCGACCUUGCAGCAGGUUUUGACCUUCUGGAAGUCUGAGCAGCCCAGCAAGCCCCUCGCCCAUUUGGCUUCGAAGCUGUGGUGCUGCUGCACGAGCCAGGGGCAAGCCGAGCGCUACUGGGCACUUGCGAACAGAGACCGGUCUGCGAUCCGGAACCGUUUGGCCAUCUCAACGCAGAGCAAGCUUCAAGCUGUUGCCACCAAUAUGCCACUUCUUAUCUCCGAGUUGCAGGAGCCCAAGGCUCCCAGCUUGUCGCGAUGUUUGUGCUACACAAAGCUUGCUGCGAGUUUCACGUGUGGUGUGCAAGCCAUAGUUGGCCGCGAAGUCAGAGAGAUUCAAGAUGCUUUUCCAGCGGACGAAGAGAUGUCGUUCGCGAGCUCGUCCUCAACGAGCUCCGAGUCGGAGGGCUGA